AUGUCUAAAGAAAAGGAAGAUGAAACAAAACUGGAUGAAGAACCAGUACCGAAACUAAAAAUUCGCCAUUUGCUUAUGCCAGUUAUCAUUAUACUAAUGACCUUUGGGAAUGUUGUUGUCAGUACGGCUGAAACACAAUUUGCUUAUUAUGCAGUUCAAAAGGAAUACAAUAUAAGCAGUGUUGUAUCAGCGUCGCGUCAGUCAUUAUGUGAGGCAAACACGUCGUCACCCUUGUUCAAGCAGCAACAGAAAAUUCAAUCCAUAACUGCAAAUUGGAAUGCCUACUGUCAUCUAGCUCAAAGUGUUCCGGUUCUUUUAAUGUCUUUGAUGGUUGGAUCAUGGAGUGAUGUGAUUGGACGCAGAGCGGCAUUAUUUAUUCCUACUUUUGGUUUAAUUUUCAAAUCUGCCUUUUUUGCCAUAGGUAUAAAACUUGAGUGGAACAUAUAUACCUUUGUGAUUGCUUUUUUCGUUGAUGGUGUGUGUGGAAUGUGGAUAAGCCUUUUAGCAUCAGCGUAUUCUUUUACUGCAGAUUUAACAAACUAUGGGAAAAGUAGGAUGUUUGGUGUAGUUUUUGUUGACGUGACUCUUGGCGUUGGUAUUGCAUUAGGAGUAUUCACAUCUGGGUAUAUUAUCAAGUUUUUAGGAUUUCUAUACGGAUCUGUACUUAUGGUUGGAGUAGGAGUUUUACUCUGUGUUCUGAUUAGUUUACUACCGGAGAGCAAAAGAUCAACAAAUAAAAUAACAUCUACGACACAAUUCGAAUAUCUAAAAAGUGCAGUUUCAUUCUAUUUCAAAAAGAGUCCAACGAGAUACAAGUACAUCCUCCUUGCAAUUGUAUUUUCAUUUCAAGCGCUUCCUAAUAUUGGCAGGAUAAAUGUGCAAUCACUUUAUGUUAUGAAUUCUCCCUUCUGUUGGAGUUCUGUACUUAUUGGAUUGUUUGGAGGAGUAAGAAGUGUCGCUCAAACAAUUGUGGGCGUAUCAUUGGCAUUGCCUCUUUACAAAUGUAUGUCAACAGACGCCAUGGUUAUUGUUGGUUCUCUCUCUGCGAUUGGCUAUUAUGUCCUGACAGCACUUUCUACAAACGAUAUAAUGUUAUUUAUGAGUAAGUAUUGGUGGAUAAUUUUCUCAUUUACUAACGUCAAAACGUAUACUUACAAUUACUAG